GCCGUGUGUGUGUGUGUGUGUGUGUGUGUGUGGUUGACAUGGAUUUGAUCAGAGGACAGGUCGGGCACUGAUAAAGACGGUAACUAGCUAGUAAAGGACUGCACAGGGAAAGACGAUGAUGGACAUCAGGCAAUGGAUAGGUGAAGAUGACAGCUGUUAUUGAUUAAAUGACACUUUUCAUUUUAGCCUUUGACAGAGUGUGAAUACCACAUUGACUCCAAGAUUCUGCAGAAACCAGUUGAUCUGCGUGGGAAUCUGAUCUGCACAGAGCAUCAUACACUCACAUAAUCUGUAGGCCGGCCAGGUGUAAGCUACAGGUUUAGACACAGAUGCGUAUAGAUGUCUCAGAUGUGACAGGGGACAGACGGACAGAGGGACAGGUCCAGGCUAACAAACAGGUAUUGGUGAUGGAGGAGAGAGGGCAGGUAUCAGACAGAGACCCCUGGCCAGUGGCCCCUGAGGUCAGAGAGAUGGGGGUUAAGGGACCCAGCUUUAAGCCCCAAGUGGAGGGGGUGAAGCAGACACUGAGGGUGACGAACCCCCUGGUUCGGGAGUGUUUGGGAGAGCUGAUGGGAACCUUUGUUCUGCUGAUGUUUGGCUGUAGUGCAUCAGCCCAGGUGAAGACCAGUAGAGAGACUAAAGGACAGUACCUCUCAGCCAACAUGGCCUUCUCUGUAGGGGUCAUGUCUGCCAUGUACCUCUGCAAGGGGGUCUCAGGAGCCCAUCUGAACCCAGCGGUCACUCUGAGUUUCUGUUCGUUGGGCAGGGUGCCCUGGGUGAAGCUGCUCCCAUACUCUCUGUGUCAGGUGCUGGGAGCUUACCUGGCCUCUGGCCUGGUCUUCCUGGUCUACUAUGAUGCUAUCAUGGACUUCAGUGGAGGGAAUUUGACAGUGUACGGGGCAAAUGAGACGGCAUCCAUCUUUGCCACCUAUCCCGUAGAGCACCUAUCUCUCAGCAGCAGCAUCCUAGACCAGGUGGUGGGCACUGCCAUGUUGAUGCUCUGCAUCCUCCCAUUGGAUGACCAGAAGAAUAGUCCUGCCCCCGACGCUCUGAUCCCGCCCAUCGUUGCCGUGGUAGUCCUGGGGAUCAGCAUGUCGAUGUCGUCCAAUUGCGGAGGAGCGAUAAACCCCGCUCGUGACUUGGGGCCACGCCUCUUGACACUGACCGCCGGCUGGGGCACUGAAGUUUUCACGUGUUAUAACUACUGGUUCUGGGUUCCCCUGACGGCUCCUCUGCUGGGAGGGAUGGUGGGCUCUGGGAUGUAUCUGGUCUUCAUCGCAUGGCACCUGCCCGACCUUCCAACGAACCCCCCCAUAGAUAGCCCCUCUACUAAACCUACCGCGGAGGUGUGGAAGCAGCCCCCCGCACCAGAGAAGGAAGGGGUGGAGUUGAAAAUAGGGUAGAGACAUUCAGGCCUACUGUUGAAGUGAGAAUGUAUUUCCAGCAUUAGCCACUGGGUUUGCUGCAGGCAGAAAGUCCAAGGAAAUGCUCUUUAAUUGACACAAGCUGUCUCCAAUCAAUCAUUCAAUGUCUGGAUGUGAGUGAGUGACUGUUAUGGGGGGGUAAGGUGAGGCGUAUCUCUACAAAAUGUAAUUGCACAAAGCCUAUUAUUUGGCAGGGAAUAAUAUUUGUACACUGAACAAAAUGUUAAAUGCAACAUGUAAAGUGUUGGUCCCGUGGUUUAUGAGCUGAAAUAAAAGAUCCCAGACAUU